AUGCGCAAGGCUCCCGAAUCUUCAGAAUCUUCUCAAUUCGUCUAUAUUCCGCACCAUCCCGUAAUACGCGAAAGCAAUGCGACGACUCGAAUUCGCGUCGAUCCCCGGGACACAGACUAUCAAAGGAUCCUCUGGAUCGACGAGAAAACCGGAAGAGUACAAGAGUAUCAGCUCUUGACCGUAACCUACGGUACAACUUCGGCGCCGUUCUUAGCUUUGCGAGUCCUGCAGCAGCUCAUCCAUGAUGACGGUCGCGAUUUUCCUCUAGCUGUUCCCAUGCUUAAGGAGAACAUUUACGUGGAUGACGUACUUUUCGGUGCGGACGAGAUUUCACUCAUCCGUACGGUUCGCAAUCAAGUGUGCUCCUUGCUGCAACGCGGUCAUUUCGAAUUAAGAAAAUGGUCGAGCAACGCGGCUCAUUUGCUAAGUGACAUUGACGCGCAAGAUCAUGGACUCGCUUGCAGCAAGGAUCUACAUCCGGACGAGACAUUAAAGGUGCUCGGUAUUAGUUGGAGUCCGUCGGCUGACGCAUUUCAAUUUAGAGUCGUGCGCUGUCCCUCGCCCGCGCGAACGAAGCGCGCCAUGCUCUCGUACAUCGCUCGUAUGUUUGAUCCGUUGGGCUUAGGCACGCCCGUUACAAUCUCCGCGAAAAUUCUCUUGCAAAAGCUAUGGCAGCUCCGCGUCGACUGGGACGAUGAGGUUUUCACCGAUAUCGCAAGGCAAUGGGAAUCCGUGCAAUCGUCCUUGCUAGAACUCGAUAACUUCCACCUCCCGCGGUGGAUUCAAAAGGGAUCGGACACGGUCGACUGCGAAAUCCACGGGUUUUCGGACGCGUCUAACUAUGCCUACGCCGCAGCGAUUUAUAUUCGGCUCACCUCUCGCUCAGGCAACAUCACGACUGCCUUGCUAGUCGGAAAGUCAAAGGUCGCGCCGAUCAAGACAUUGACUGUUCCGCGUCUCGAAUUAUCGGCAGCCGUGUUAAUGUCGCGAUUAACGAGGUUCGUCAUGGACGCAUUGCACAUUACCUUCGCUUCCUGCUUUUGCUGGACGGACUCAACCGUCGUGCUCGCGUGGGUCACACAACAUCCCUCAAAGUGGAAGACUUUCAUUUCGAAUCGGGUUGCCGAAAUUCAAACCCCACUUCCGUCCGCUUCGUGGCGAUAUGUUCCCACGGAUGAAAACCCCGCGGAUUGUGCGUCGCGAGGAGUCUCGGGAAGUCAGCUCGUCUCGCAUCCUCUUUGGUGGCACGGUCCGGCGUGGCUAAGGAUGCCUGAUUCUGAGUGGCCGACGAUGAGCGCAUCACUCUCAGACAUCGCGUUAAAGGAGAACUCGCGCGCGACAGUUCAAAUCGCUAGCGUAACGGAAUCAUGGGAGCUCGCAGACCGAUAUUCCUCGUGGCCAAAGCUCAUUCGAGUGAGCGCGUACAUUCUUAGAUUUAUAUCGUGGAUUCGAAGACGUGACGAGAUCGCUCUUCGGUCGGAAAGUCUGUCUUCAUUGACCGCGAACGAAGUACGAGCUUCAAAAAAAUUUUGGGUGAGAUACAUUCAACGCCAACUUUUCCCGCUCGAAAUACGCGCUCUCACUCAAAGUAAGUCGGUUCCUUCGAAGAGUCCACUCGUCUCUCUCAAUUCGUUCCUGGAUGAAGAACAAAUAAUUCGGGUUGGCGGGCGGCUAUCUCAGGCCCCGAUACCCGCUCAAGCUCGACAUCCGAUAGUACUCGGCUCUCACCCGCUGGUCCGCUUACUCAUUUUUUAUACUCACUUGCGCACUCUUCAUGCAGGAACGCAAUUGACCCUUGCUACGUUACGGCAAGAAUUCUGGCUACUCAGAGCUCGAAGCACGGUCAGAUCGAUUCUGCACGGGUGCGUAACCUGUGCUCGCGAGAGAGCUCUCACUCCAUCUCAACUAAUGGGAGACCUUCCCAAGGUCAGAGUGACUCCUCCCGCGCGCGCGUUCCUUCACAGCGGGCUGGACUAUGCGGGUCCAGUACUAAUUCGAUCGCGAUCGGGUCGCGGAGUCGCUUCGGCAAAGGCGUAUAUCGCACUAUUCGUGUGCAUGGCAACACGCGCCGUGCAUCUCGAACUCGUCGAAGGUUAUUCUACUCCCGCAUUUCUCGGAGCCUAUUCCCGUUUUGUAGCGCGGCGAGGUCUUCCCGAAUCGAUUUAUUCUGAUAAUGGGACUACCUUCGUUGGGGCGGAUCGCGAACUCGCUGCAGCGUUUCGCGCAACUCUUCGGGAUCCCGAUUUACAGAAUCGCACGGCCGCAGAUAGUGUCUCGUGGCAUUUUAUACCUCCUUCCGCUCCUCAUUUCGGGGGGUUAUGGGAGGCCGGUGUCCGUAGCACAAAGCAUCAUAUUCGGCGUGUUGUGGGGGCUCAUACUCUGACCUUCGAGGAGUUCUCCACGCUACUAUGUAAUAUCGAGGCGUGUUUAAAUUCGCGUCCAUUGGCAUCUCUUUCUGACUCGCUGGAUGACUAUACUUUCUUAACUCCGGGGCAUUUCCUCAUAGGCUCCGCGCUUAAUUCGAUCCCGGAGCCCUCGCUGUUGCAAGUCAAAGAAAAUCGGUUGACGAGGUGGCAGCUCGUUCGCCAACUGACCGAACGUCUGUGGAAAGUUUGGCAACAAGACUAUAUUAAUACGCUGCAACAGCGAGUUAAAUGGAAGCGCGUAAAUCCACACGCACUUCGGGUCGGACAACUCGUCCUGUUGCGAAACUCGCUCCUCCCUCCGUGCAAAUGGGAGCUUGGGCGGAUUAGUCUGUGUCAUCCGGGAUCGGACGGUCUGAUUCGUGUCGUGACCGUUAAAACAGCGUCUUCGGAGUAUAAGCGGCCUAUCAGCAAAAUAUGUAUUUUGCCAAUCGACAUCGAGAAUGCGUCUAAUGGCGAGGACGAAGCGUCGUCUUAA